AUGCUGGUCGCCGCUGGUUCCGUACACUGGGACAAUGGCUGGCCCGCUGUAGCGCCAUCCAACCCCGCGCAGAUCUGCGUCCCCGAUACCGAAGCCCAUGCUCAAUCGAACAUCCUGCAGCGUUAUAUCAAAUGUUACAACGUCAACGAGCGCACCAUUGAGGCCUCCAAGCGUUUGUCCCGCGCUAAAUCCAUUCUGCGUGAGCAUGGUAACUACAGCUACCUGAACGGCAGUGGCAGCAUUGUGAAACUCAACAACGGUAUCGAAUUUGCGAUGAUGUACUUUGCCAUGAUUAUGGCGUUGCUGAUCAUCGGCGGUGGAGUUAUCUUGAAGUACUUACUUUCUUUCACCAUAUUGUUACUCACACUCAGCGGCUGUGGCGCCAAUGCGCCGGUGCCUGCUGAUGAGCUGAGCCAGUCAGCAGACGACAAAAUUACCCUACGCAAGAGCCCCAAUGACAGCCGUGAAUACCGCUAUCUGCAAUUGCCCAAUAAAUUGCGUGUUGUCCUGGUCUCAGAUCCAAGCACCGAAAAAGCCGCUGCUGCCAUGGCCGUUUUCAGAGGCAGCAAUCACGAGCCAGAGGCACACCCUGGGCUUGCCCACUUCCUGGAACAUAUGCUUUUCAUCCAAACCGAAGCUUAUCCAGAACCCAGCGCUUUUCAGGACUUUGUCAGCGCCAACGGCGGCAGCACCAACGCCUACACUGCCCUUGACCACACCAACUAUUUUUUCGACGUAAAGGCUUCAGCUUUUCCGGAAGCAUUGGAUCGUUGGGGACACUUCUUUAUCUCACCGAUCAUCAGCCCGGAGUAUUCUCAGCGAGAAAAAAAUGCCGUUGAUUCCGAAUAUCAGAUGCAGCUGAAGAACGAUGGCUGGCGCGGGUAUAUGGUCGGCAAACAGGCCAUCAAUCCAGAACAUCCAAACUCGCGCUUUACCAUCGGUAGCCUGGAGGUGUUAUCCGGCGAUAUUCACAACGAAUUGGUCGAAUUUUUUGAAACGCAAUAUUCCGCCGAUCAAAUGGGUCUGGUGAUUGUUGCAGACCAAUCUCUGGACGCGCUGGAGGCUCUGGUCACACCCCUGUUCACACAGAUAGAAAAUAAAGAUAUCGGACCCGCGUACCCGAGCGUUGAGCUGUUUAAAGAUGGAAUGUUGCCUGCAACCCUGAAAAUACAGACCAUCGAAGAGGGUGCCAGCAUCAGCUACCUGUUCCCCUUGCCUGCAGCUCGCGAGCACUACAAAAACAAGCCAGAGCAGUAUUUCUCCAAUCUGCUUGGGCACGAGGGCGAAGGCAGCUUACACCAGUUGUUAACCCGUAAAGGCUGGAUCCAGAGUUUAAGCGCAGGCGUCGGCGAAAUGGACCGCAAUACCAGUGCCAUGAUGGUCAACAUCGACCUGACCCCGCUGGGAGAACAACACACUGACGAAAUAACCAACAUGGUCUUUCAGGCGAUUGAACUGAUCAAACAGAGUCCACCAGAGCUGUGGCGAUUUGAAGAACAGGCGGUUGUGGCCGAAAUGGCUUUCCGUUUUCAGGAAAAGUCUUCCGCAACCGGGCUGGUUUAUCAGCUGGCACCGAGGAUUGAUGAAUAUCCUGCCGAAGAUUUGUUGGUUGCACCGUACCUGAUGGAAGAUUUUGAUGCCAAAGUCAUCAAAGACCUUAUGAAUUAUCUGCGCCCGGACAACGUACUGGUUGAAAUCUCGGGGCCGAACAUCGUCGGCGAUCAGGUAGAACCCUGGUUCAAGGUACCCUUCAGUCUCGCUCGCGGAGAUAUAGAGCAAACCGUAGUUGCAGAUGUAAAUUUGUCCCUGCCUGAAGAAAACCCCUACCUGCCUGAAAAUCUGGAGCUGGUUGCUGCAAACGAUGAACCCUUGCAGGCAUAUGCCCAAACCCCGGAACUACAGCUCUGGCUGAACUCAGACGUUCAGUUUGGCAGCCCGCGUGCCAACAUUUUUCUCGAGCUGGCGAUUGAAGGUGGCCUGGUCAGCCCAGCCGAUAGAGGCAUCGCGCACCUCUACCGCCUGAUUGUUCAGGAUGCCCUCAGUAAAGAUGUGUAUCCGGCCUACCUUGCCGGUCUGAGCUAUUCCAUCAGCGUACCUGACUCAGGCUACGAAAUUCGUAUUGGUGGAUAUCAGGAUCAACAACAGGCGCUGUUAGAGAGCGUAUUAGAUGCAUUUCUUAAUACCGAACUGGACCCUGAACGUUUCGCCACACUGAAAAAUCAGCUGAUCAAAGACUGGCGCAACGCAGUCAACGAUCGACCUUACAGUCAGGCGUUCUCUGCGAUUUCAGAUACCCUGCGCAGCGGACGCUGGCCGCGCCCGAUGUUAAUCGAUGCACUGGAGUCUGUUGAACUGGCAGACCUGCAGGCCUGGCGUAAAAGCAGGCUGGACAGUUUCACGGUCCGGGGCCUUAUACACGGUAACGUCGUUAAACAGGACGCCCGGCAACUGGAGCAGUUACUUCGAUCUUCUCUGACGCUGGAUGCCCAUAACUUCAUCACGCCCGAAGUUAAAGAUGUCGAUAACGCCCUGCGCCUGCAGCUUGAGGUAGACCACGCUGAUGCCGCCAUGGUUCUGCACGUACAGAACGCCGAUGAAAGUUUUGCCAGCCGGGCACGCAGUUCACUUGCGGCGCAGAUCAUGCAUCCUUCGUAUUUCCAGGAGCUGAGAACUGAACAACAGUUGGGCUACGUGGUGAGUGUGUCGAACCGGCCCGUGGCCAAGCGCGGUGGCGUUUCAUUUAUUGUGCAAUCGCCAAACACCUCUGCUGCUGAGCUGGAACAGGCCACGCUGAAAUUUGUUGAUGACUUCGUCAGUGCAUGGCCAGAAGUCAGCACGGCAGAGUUUGAGCAACAGAAAUCCGGCCUGAUCACGCGAUUGCUGGAAAAUCCGAAAAAUCUGAACGAAGCUUCAAACCGAUACUGGGCAGAUCUGACCGAAAACGUCAUGACCUUUGACAGUCGCGAACAGGUGGCCGAUUUAGUCGCCGGUCUUUCUCAGGCGGAUAUGCAGAAUUACUUUGUUCAGGUGCAGGAGAAACUGCAGAACCAUCGACUGCUUGUGUUCACCCCGGGGCGAUUUGCAGAGAUUCCCCAGCGCGGUCAGCUCCUUGGUAACGCCGCAGAACCCUGGGAAGCAGACGCACCCGCCAGUUGA